GACGGGUGUCAGCUGCCGCGAGACGAGUGUUCCCAUAGCACCGCGCCCCGCAACCUCCAUCCGUGACCAGCUGGCAACUUCCGGCUCGGGAGGUCGAACCAGACCGGGUUGAGGUCAGGCUGUGGGAGGAUGUCGCCGGUGAGUGGCGUUCUCGGGCUUCGAGCUGGGGCCCUGUCGUUGAGCCUGACCUUGGCCCUUUCCCGCCGGGUCGGGGCUCGGGCGGCCAGCAGCGAGGCCUGCGGCCAGGGCCCCUCCUACACCCAGGGCCAGAGCCCCGAGCCGAAGACCCGCGAGUAUUUCUACUACGUUGACCAUCAAGGCCAGCUUUUCCUGGAUGAUGCUAAAGUGAAGAAUUUCAUCACCUGCUUCAAAGACCAGAAGUUCCUGGUCUUCUUCUUCUCCCGCCUGAGGAAGAACCAAAGUGGUCGCUAUGAAGAUGCCUUUCCCUUUGUCUCACUCUGUGGCCGUGAACGUAAUUUUGUCCGCUGUGAAGACCUGCCUGUGGUCUUCACACACCUGCUAGCAGAUGGCCCAGGGCCUGCACGCCUUUCUUAUGGUGGAGGAGGUGAGGCUCUUGCUGUACCCUUUGAACCUGCUCGACUGAUGCCCCUCCCUGCCAACGGACGACUCUAUCAUCCAGCACCCAAACUGGCUGGUGGUGUGGGGCUGGUCCGCUCUUCCCUGGCCUUCGAGCUCAGCAGCUGCUUCCAGUACCCACCAGGAGAGGCCACACUGCCCAGCCAUAUCUUGUGGCAAGGCGAGAAAUACCCCCUAACCAUGGACCUUGCAUCCCUAUUUCCUGAAUCUUGUGGGCCCUGAAGCAUUGUACUUCCUUCUUCACCUGUUGUCUGCCUUUGCUUCCUUUUCCUCAGAGAUGUGGAUAUCAGGAAGUCGUAGGUCCAAGCUACAGCAGAUAGGAACCCUCAGGGACAUGACCAACCUAAGGCCUGGAGGUUGCUGGUGCUGGGAACGGCAGUGGGAGGAGAGCCUUAGCAAAGAUAGGUCCUGGAGCUCAAGAUUCCUUAACAAGGAUUAAGAGAGAAGCCUUCCUGUGAUGUGCUAUUUUUGUGACUGAGGCUGGUAAAGUUCACUAAUAAACAAAGGAAAGGGGGCAAGGGAGGGAAGAUGAGUUAGAACAAGGGAAUUCUCCCAGCUGUAGGGAUUCUGGAAUGGCCUUAGGAAGUUGUGGGGUAUAAGCAUGAAGAGCCCUGCUGCUGCAUGCCAGGGAGCCAAGAGAAGGAUUGAGUGGCAAGGCCUUACAGAAAAGUGCCUUGGGCCUUGCUGCCUCCUCAUCCUCCCCUCCCCUCCCCCAAACACACACGGGCUCCGCACUUUGGACACCUGAAUUCAGUUUAAUUCAAGAAUCAUUGUUGACUGCUACAUGCUAGGCCCUGUUCUGAGCACUAAAGAUACAAACAUUAAAAAGAAUGACAGUUUUGCUCUCAUGGAGCUUCCAGUCAA